AUGAAGCUUCUCACCAAAGAAGAAGAAGCUGCCCACUACCGGGCCGUCCUCCAAGGAGGCACCUUCGGUACCGUUGUCGGUCUCGUCGGCGGCUGGGCCGGUGUAAUGAUGGCCUCUCGUCGCUUCCACACAAUCCGCAACCUGACCCUCCCGAUGAAAGCGUUCCUGGUCACAUCAUCUGGCACAUUCGUCGGCAUCAUUGCUGCCGACCAUUCCUCUCGCCAAUUUGAGGCUGCGCGAAACGUCAAACUCAAGUAUCUGGGUGAACGAGAAGAGCGACUCCGCCGCGAGGAGUUAUCACAGAUGUCCUUUGGCAACAGAAUAACCGCCUGGGCACGUGAGGAGAAAUAUAAAAUUAUCGGUGCAACAUGGAUUGCCUCUAUUGUAGGCAGUUUUUUUAUGGUUAGCCGCAACCCGUAUCUAUCCGGCCAACAGAAAAUUGUCCAAGCGCGUGUGUAUGCGCAGGGUUUGACGUUAGCGGUGAUGUGUGCUAGUGCUGCAUUUGAGAUUCAAGAUCAACGCAGGGGCCAGGGAUUGUUGGAAGCUGCGAAGAAAGGAAGGGAAGCAGUCAAAGAAACUAAGAAUCAGCCUGCCGAGCAUCACAAUCAGAGACAUGAUGAGAAUACGGAUUUGUGGGAGGAUAUGGUUGCGGCGGAGGAGCAAAAACUCAAGUUGCGUCACAAGUCGCUGUAUAGCCACGAGGAGAAGAAGGGUGCUGUGACGGAGGCGAUCAACGCUAAGAAGGAGGAGGCCAAGGAGGAUGACAAGGAGAAGAAGGAGGAAAAGAAGGAAGAAUCUGAGGAAGAAACUAAGUAA